AUGCCUCUGGCCUGGGCCCUUGUGCUGCUCCUGGGCCUGAGCGCCCGCCGAGACUGGGGCUGCCUGCAGUGUGACCACUCGGUGCGGGAGGCCCUGAAGCAGCUGCGCCUCGCCCUCAUCCCCAGCCGGUUCCAACAAGGGCAGCUGCAGACCCGCGCUCAGGUCGUGCUGCGGGGCAUGGAAGGGCCUUUCUUCCGGGACUACGCGCUGAACGCCUUUGUGGGCAGAGUGGGGAAAGACCAUCUGGACCUAGUGGCGUCCUUUGUCAAGAAUCAAACAAGCAACUUAAUGGCUAAUUCUCUGAGAGAUGAGCCUCUGCUGGAUGAGCUGGUGACUCUUAGGGAGAGGGUAAUCAAGGAACUCAAGAAAGUGUUAAGAUCAUAUGAAUUAAAAGCCUGCGAUCCCAAAAUUUGCCGCUUGCUUAAAGAAGAAGUCCUGGAUUGUUUACAUUGUCAGAUGACCAGUCCCAAAUGCAUCAGAGAAAAGUACUGUUUCAUCGACGGGCAACCCCGCAUGGACCUGCAGUAUCAUAAGAAAAAUGAAUUCCAAUGGAAUCCUGGCCUGACUGGCAGCAUCAUUUCCGUGUGUCUGGCUGUCUUGGCCUUCGGUGUCAUCGUGGCUUCGGCUAUUACAUACAGGCGAAACCGAAAACUCCUGCUUCAGUAG